CAGACCAACAGGGGGCGCGCGUGGACGGCGCUAAACACUGACGCGCGUCAAACCGCUUUGGCAGAGUGAAACACACGUUCAUCCAGAAUGCUGAAGGAGAUAAUAGUGUGUGAAUGAUUGUAUAUUAUCUUAUAUUGUUCACAUAUUAGUACUCGAUCACACAGAAUGAUCGCGGCGCGCUGCCUCGCGUCUAACGCGCGUCAGAGGAUGAUGUUCAAAGCGGCGCGUCUGAGUUGCUGUCAGAAGGUCAGUGUUAUAAAUGACGUCAGGAAAGCACGAACACCCAGAGUAACAGCACUAAACUACACAACCACAAUACAAAACUGCACAACUACAAAAAUCGCGACAGUUCGACACGAAUCCGCAGAAGAUCCUGAAACCCGCGACAGACGCAGGUCUGUGGAGAAGUUUGACAUCAGUCUGGUGGUGUCUGUUUUGAGACAGGAGAACGCAACAGACAUCUGUGUGAUCAAAGUCCCACAAGAGCUCAAAUACACAGAUUACAUCAUCACAGUCACUGGAGCAUCACCACGACAUCUCACUGCAAUGGCUGAGUUUCUACUUAAAGUGUUUAAGUUUCUGCGGCGGGAUUGCGAUGCUCACGUCAGACUGGAGGGAAGAGAUUGUGAUGACUGGAAAUGCAUUGACUUUGGAUCACUGGUGAUUCAUCUCAUGCUUCAGGAGACCAGAGAAACGUAUGAGCUGGAGAAACUCUGGACACUGCGCUCGUAUGAUGAGCAACUGAUGAGAAUCCCACCAGAGAAACUCCCUACAGACUUCAUAUAUGAAGAUACAAACCAGACAAGUGUGUAAAUAUUAAUAACAGUAAUUGUAGUUUUCAACUCGUCUAUUUCUAAAAAAAAAAAAUAAAAGCUUUGUGAGAAA